GAGCCGCCAUCCACCUCAAAACAAAGAGAACAUCAUGCCACUCUAAAAAAAUGAUGAAAAGACAUUAAGGCACCAGUGUUCAUUAUAGUUGGCAUCGAGGUAGCAGAUUGGCGUCGAGUCAACCUCAAGUGAUCUAAUUAGCAAAUUCAGAAGUAGAAAUAGAAGUUCAUGUGAAUUAGCUCGUUAAAUUGAGACGAAAAUAUUACUCUCGAAGGCUGUCACCAGAAAUCACAAAGAAUGGGUGGAGUCUCCCUCCAGUCGAUCUUCAACGUCACCGUUGGUGCUGGACUGCUUCUGCUAUGUUCUUCUGGAAUUUUAAAGUUUCAACAAAUCGAUAACAAGCUGGAAGGACAUCCGACCCUAGGUCACGAAAUCAACAAACGUGACACAUCGUUGACUACCGCUCCUGAUAAGUCUACAAGCUGCACCAUGCAAUGUCCCCGCGGCCCACCUGGACCAGAGGGUGCAAAGGCAAUACCUGGUGUACCCGGUGUUCCGGGAGUUCCUGGUACUAAUGGCGAGCCUGGUUGCAAAGGUGACACAGGACCAGCAGGCGUGAUUGGUGUGCCGGGUGAACCAGGUGCACCAGGUGAAACGGGACUCACUGGCAGGACAGGGCGAUCGGGACACCCGGGAAAAGCCGGAGCAACUGGUGAACAAGGAGUACAAGGACCACCUGGUCCACCUGGACCAGAAGCUGAACCAGUCCAAGAACCAAUCUUUACGUCAUGUAACUCCCUCAAAAAGGCCGGUGUUGAUUUUAACGGUGUUUACACGAUCGAUCCUGAUGGUCCGGAUGCUGGAUUGGAUCCGUUCUCGGUAGUUUGUGAUAUGACAUCAGACUUAACAAUCGGUUAUACAACAAUUCAACACGAUAAGGAGGAAGAUGGAAAUGUGAACAAUGCUGAGACACAGGGUUCAUUCCGUGUUGAUAUCACCUACGACCACACGUCAGAACAGAUAGCAGCAAUCAAGAACGUAUCAACAUCAUGUAGACAAUUUAUUAAGUAUCAAUGCAUUGGAUCAUUGUUUGACGGCGGAUAUCAUUAUUGGGUCUCAGUUGAUGGCGAUCAGAUGUUCAACUGGGGAGGGGUUCCAACAGGAACUACCGGGUGUGCAUGCUGGAUAACGAAAACAUGUGACGAUGUUACUAAGCGUUGUAAUUGUGACGUCAACGAUGCCGUCCCUCGUCAGGACCUGGGCUACCUUACUGAUAAAGCAACUUUACCUGUUUCCCAGCUUCGUUUUGGAGAUACAGGUGAUACAGCCGAGAAAGGUGUCUACACUCUUGGACCAUUGCAAUGUGCCUAGAGCCGACUCUUACAGUCAAAAACGGAAUAAAAUAAUGAUGAUAAUAAGUUUCUAAUUUCAAUUUACUGCUGUGUAACUAUAUACUGUCCUUAUAUUAAUAUAAUAGGAUAUAAGUGUAAGUGAAAUUUAGUUUUUCAACUUUAAGCUUGCUAGUGUUGCGUUUAUUGUCUAGUUAUCUACACUGAAUAAAUCUGAAACUGUGUUCGUCUGCAAUGGAUGAUUAACGCUGUCAUAAUUAAGUUUCUGUACGUUUAUGCACAAAUUGAUGCGUGCUCCAUUUGAUUAGAGAUAGGCUUUAAUAAAUUUCUUAUCAUGGCACAGUGUUGUUUAAUGUUCUUUUUUUUCAGAUAUGAUAAAUGUAUUAUACGCUUUUAUACUUUAUAGCAUAAAUAUUGGACAACGAUAUAAGAAAGCAUUUGCCGCACUUGUAAGCUAGUAUUUUACCGUAGUAUACACAGGAUGCAUUUUAUUUUUUUUUAUAUACAGUUUUGACUAUUUAUUCAUACAUAUUAUUCAUUCGAAAUCAACAUACAACUUAUGGAAACUUCAUAAAAUGUAUCAACAGAUGUCGCAAAAUUGCAUAAAAUCUAUAGAAGUUAGUAGGCCUACAAAUGUACAAGGGUAAAAACAUUGUAAAUUACAUAUCACACAUUUUAUUGUCGUUCGUUUCAGUUUGUUAUUAGGCCUAAUAAUAUCUAAUAAUAUAUGGUACUUGCCUUUUGUAUCAGGCCUUAAAUGUAUAUUGUAACACAUUUGAAUAUAACACUAGUUGAAUGCAGACUCAAGAUCAAAUAUAGUAUUAUCGUGUAUUGUGUUUUGUUUAUUUUACUUUGCAUAUUAAUUGUCGUUUUUCCUUUUGUCGUUCCAUUGUGUUCGUUCCGUCAUGUUUUGUCUUGUCUUUGAUUAUGGAACAAAUUACUUUCAUUUUUCUAUGGUGGAGCCAGCCGUAAAGCCAUUUGGGCUUAUUUGACUUCUCCAGACACAAUUGCAUUCGAUUUUGUUUGCAUCUUUAUUAUUUUUGUCUUGUUACCACCUUUAUGCAUUGUGUGAAUAAAUAUGAAUCUAAAUGAAUCUGAAUCUGAA